CCACCCCCAGAGUCCACUGUCAAUCUGUAUGAAUUGACAUUUGGUACAGUAGCUGGCAUGUGCGCAGGGGUGUUUAUCAAGAAAGGUGCAAAAAUAGUCGCAUUCUUCUUGGGUGGUGUAUUCGUCCUCCUCCAAUACCUUGGGUCGAUGUCACUCGUCCGUGUUGAUUGGGCUCGUAUGGCUGCUCGAUUCGAGAACUUGUUGUAUACGAGAGAUGCGUUAGGUAACAAGAGGCCACCAACUAUUUCAUCACUGUGGAGAUGGGCGGUGGACUUUUUAACAGCAGACUUUCAGCCAAGGGCGUCUUUCAUUGCUGGACUCGCGUUAGGGUUGCGUAUCGGUUGA